UUAGAUUUCGAGUAGAAAUGGUUGUAGGCAACUCUUUUGUUAAUAAUUUCCCCUUUUAUCGUUUCUAACAUUACACAAAGCUGAAUUGUGUGCGACCUUCUCAAUUUUUUUCAAUUUUCAAAACGGCGUUUUUGCUUUUGUUGUUGCGGCUCUUCAUGUGAAAAAUCUAUUUUCUUUAGUAUUUUUUCGUGUUUUAUUUAGAGAAAAACUAUAAAAUAAGUAUUAAAAAUAAUUUGCGUGAAUAUGACGACCGAAUCUGCGCUUCCACUCCCUCGACUACCAGUGCCGGAUAUUCGCGCUGAAGUAACAUUUCAACAUUCACACAAGCAGGGCCACGGGCUGCAGGAAUAUCGACUUCGUCCUCCAAAAUUGAGGUUGGCGAAUCGUAGCUAUUCGUCUGCGUCUAUGUCCACAACCGCGCAUGCGAUUUCAUUCCGUGGCGAAUCCGAUGGCAAUGGCAAUGCACUUCCUGAAUUGGACACCAAUGCGUUAAGCGGCUCUUAUGAUGCCUCAAUGAAUGAAACAUAUUUUGAACAAUGCUUCACUUGUUUGGCGAAAAUUGGUGAAGGUUCAUUUGGUGAAGUCUUCAAAGUGCGUUCAAACGAAGAUGGUCGCAUGUAUGCGGUGAAAAUGUCAAAGGAGUUAUAUCGUAGCGAACAUUACCGCCAGGAGCGGCUAGAGGAAGUGCGUCGUUAUGAGCAAUUCUCUGGUCAUGCUAAUUUUGUGCAAUUCUAUCGCGCGUGGGAACAAAACGAACGCUUGUUUAUGCAAAUGGAACUGUGUCGAGAAAGCUUAGACAGGUACCUAGUACGACAUCGACAUAUACCUGAAGAAAAAAUUUGGAAUAUUCUUUUGGAUUUGGCGCUUGCAUUAAAAAGCCUUCAUGACCGCAAUCUUAUACAUUUAGAUAUAAAGUUAGAUAACGUCCUAGUAGGCGAUGAUGACAGUUG